UUGGAUCAACAUUUUAUCAGUUCAGGAUCAUUUCGGCAACGGCAACGAAGCAUACGGGCAGAGUCGGCUAUUGAUAGCUUCGGGACGGUAGCCGGAAAGAGAGUACGAAUAGAGGUGUAAUAUGCUCAAAGCACCCAACUUUGCCUUUCGAUUUUGCACCAGAAGCAAAGACAACAGAGAGGUUAUUUAUUUUGCCGGCAUGACCAGGUUUUGCAGCCGAGCUGGGGCGGGCCAUCAGCGAAAGCUAUAUAAGGCGAGGCAAGACGAACCUUUGUCUGUUCUUUACGUACACUAGACAUAAACUGCUAGCCAAACUACUGUAGCGAUCGUCGUCUCAGACCCCUUUACUCAUUGUAUCAAAUAGAAACAUGUCUACCGUUGACCCAACCAACGUUGUCCAUGAGAAACAUGCGAGGCCCGAACAUCUAUCGGACGCCGACAAUGCGACAAUAUUAUCCAGCAACGGUUUCCGAUUAUCAGAAGAAGAUAUUCAAGCCGCUCGGGAUGUCUCACCAUCUAGGGUUUCUGGCAAGGGGUUGACUUGGAUGGUAACCUUUGUCGCUGGUACCGGUUUCACCCUUUUCGGAUACGAUCAAGGUGUUAUGUCUGGUCUCUUAACCCUCCCUUCUUUCGAAGCUCAGUUCCCCAAUACCGCUGGUGGUUUCGAAGGAUCCCGAACAGCGACCCUCCAGUCAUUUAUGGUGGCCAUCUACGAGAUCGGUUGUAUGAUGGGUGCCAUUUCAAGUAUUUGGAUUGGCGACCGACUUGGUCGUCGACAUACCAUCUCUCUCGGUGGUCUUAUCAUGCUUGUCGGUGCCAUCCUUCAGACUGCCGCUGUUGAUUACGCCAUGAUGCUCGUAGCUCGUGUCGUUACAGGUGUCGGAAACGGUCUCUUGACUUCUACUGUCCCCGCAUAUCAGAGUGAAUGUUCCAAACCCCACCGACGAGGUCAGCUAGUGCUUGUAGAGGGUUCUUUGAUUGCCUUUGGUAUCAUGGUUUCUUAUUGGAUGGAUCUCGCCUUCUACUUCACCUCCGGAUCCGUUUCAUGGCGAUUUCCUAUUGCGUUCCAAAUUGUGUUCAUCUUGGUCAUGAUCAUCUGCAUGUACACCUUCCGACUCCCUGAAUCUCCACGAUGGCUUGCGGCAAAGGGCAGAAAUGCAGAAUCUCUUGCGGUUCUUGCUGCGUUGUCCAAUACUACAGUUGACGACCAAGAGGUUAUGAACACUUUCCAUGGUAUCACAGACACGCUCGCGGCGGAGAAUUCUGGUUCUUUCAAGUUCUCCGAGAUCUUCACUCACGGAAAGUCUCAGCACUUUAGGAGAACUUUGCUCGGUAUGGCUGCUCAAUGUUUCCAACAGAUUUGUGGAAUUAACCUUAUUACCUAUUACCUUACUUCUGUGUUGACCGGUCUCGGCCUCGGUGCGGUAAUGUCUCGAAUCAUUUCGGGUGUCAACGGUACUUGUUACUUCCUCACUUCUCUUAUCGCCAUUGCCAUCGUCGAACGCGCUGGUCGUCGUCCUCUUAUGCUCUGGAUGGCCGGGUUCCAAGCUGCCACUAUGGCUAUCCUUGCAGGUCUCUAUGAUCUCUCGACCGAUGAGGAAAACCCGAACAAAACUGCCCAAGUCUUCUCUGUUCUCAUGCUUUUCCUCUUCAACACUUGGUUCUCUGUCGGUUACCUUGGCAUGACCUGGCUUUAUCCGGCUGAAGUCACACCUCUUCGAGUGCGUGCCCCUGCCAAUGCGUUGUCCACCGCUUCCAACUGGGUCUUCAACUUUAUGGUCGUAAUGGCUACCGGUCCCAUGUUCGCCAACAUCGGAUGGGGUACAUAUGCCUUUUUCGCCGCCAUCAACGCAGUCGUUAUCCUUCCUUCUGUUUAUUUGUUCUUCCCUGAGACCAAGCGAUACAGUCUCGAAGAUUUGGAUAUCAUCUUCGCCAAGGCCAACACAGAGGGUCGUUCCCCUGUUCGUGUUUCCCUUCACCCUGAGGAGAUCCCUCCUGCUGGUUCAAGGCAGGCUGAAGAAAUCCUUGGCCGUGCACCCGCCCCUCAUCUAAAGUCUAAGACUAGUCACGUCAACAUGAUAACAAGAGCAUUGUCAAGGACGAGUGAGAGUGGCAAACACCGUGAUCAGCACCAUGAGACUGUUUAGACAAUUUUAUUAUAGUGUAGCGUUGGCGCGUCUCGAGGACUGAAAAAGGAGACGAAGCUGUAUCGGUAGCCACAUUUCUGUCCUGUUAAUAGGUUGAGAUUCCCUGUGUUUAGAGGGUUCUGCAUGUAUCACGUAGUCAGAUAUUUCAUUGCAGUUGGGCGAAUUGCGCACAUUACUUCUCCAUAUCUUGUUCUACAUAUCACAUCCUUGACUUCUUUUGAAGCGGAUGCAUUACUUCGUCA